GUACAAAAUACGGAAAUUGUCCCCGAGCCGAGUGCUCGAGCGUACCGUGAAGAGGAAUAAGAAAGGAGAACAGCCGGGUAGUUAGUUGAGGAUGGAGGAAGUCUUUCCCCUGUGUGGCCGCGAGAAGUAAGGGAGUCCCAACAACAGCCCUCCAGUCAGGCAGUCCUCAGUGCGCCGUGGCGUCCUGCGUCAGCGACGAUGGUUCUAUUAGCAAGGCAAGAGCUCGUGAUAAGUAAGUCUGAAGAGAAUUUGAGCUAGUAGAAGGAGAGAGAAGAUCCGAGAGAGGAAAAAAAGAAAAGAACGUCAGGACGUGCUCAGUUCCAGGAUCAAGGUGGUGAGCUAGGAUGGCCGGAAACGGAUGUGGGUUGCGUUUGAACCACAAACAAGUGAAGGUUCCUCCCGGCCCUAUUCAUACGGAACCGAUCCAAACUUGCCAGAUCUACCCAAAUCCUGGGGGGGAGCGCCAUCCGGAGUGUUCCACUCAUCGUGGUUUCUUAUUAUAUGUCUCGGUCAGGGGGGUAACAUCUCCACGGCUUCAUCAUACGCUGGGCAAAAAGACGAACCACUCCGCUGGGACAGGAGACUGGAUCCGAGUUGCUGGGUUCGCAACAGAGACCCAUCAUGGUGGCAUUCGCGUUUCCUGCGCUCCUGCUGUUGUCUUUUUCUUUGUUGGAUUUCCGGUCAUCCCAUUUGCUUUUGCCCAAAGCUGGUCUUGAUUUGUUCAUCGACUGCGCAGCUGUGCAGGAGUGGCGGGUCACCGAUCAAGGCUGCAUCCCGAACGCGAAGGCGAGCCAGUCCACGCCAAAGGAAGAUGGAAACUGUGGCGAGUUGCUCGGGCAGGGCAGCUGAGCUGAAACGGUGGCAGACAACGGCGCUCUGACGAGGCCCACGAUCUCGCGGGCCACUGAUUGGGCUAAUUGGAGGCGAUGAGAGCUGAAAGCGAGACUCGCCCGGGACGGAUUCACCGCCUUGGCCG